AUGAGGAGAUUUUUAUUGAGACUUGGAGAUGGUGGUGAACCUGUGGAGAGUUGUUCUAACGGUAAAGGGGUUUUGGUUUUGCCCAGCGUUCCAUUUCCGAAGAACAAGAGGGACGUGGAUCCGUUGUUCACUGUGAGGUUGGUGAUAGCUGCAGGGUGUCCAAUAUCGCGGGAUGGAUUAGUGUGGACUAAUUGUCCUCUUGAUAGUGGGAGUGAGUUCAUUAGGAGUAAGUUCCAUAAGCAUCUGAUCAGGACGAGUUUUCAUCAGGAUGCAUAUGUGGAUCUGAAUGUUUUCGUCCCUGGAUCAUACUGUUAUUACGUAUCGUUUAAGGGUGAUAAAGACAAGUUAGAUACGACUCGGAAGUUUUAUUUUAUAGUACCUCCUGCAUUAUAUAUUGGGGAUCGCUAUUUGCCUAUGGGUAGUCUUUCUGUGCAAACGCUUGUGUCUAAGUGGAUUGAUAAGAAUGAUUGGUCGGCUAUGUUUAGCAAAGUUGCAGAAAAAGGAUAUAAUAUGAUUCAUUUCACUCCUCUUCAGAAAAGGGGGAAAUCAGAUUCACCGUAUUCGCUUUUCGAUCAAUUGCAGUUCGACCCCACGUUUUUUCAGGACAAGAAUGAUGUAAUACAGAUGGUGAACAAGUUGCACAAGGAGUAUGGAAUUUUAACCAUGACUGAUGUUGUUUUUAACCACACUGCUAGCGAUUCCCUCUGGCUGCUGGACCACCCUGAAGCGGCGUAUAACAUGGAGACUGCUCCACAAUUGAUCUCUGCCAUGGAACUGGAUCAUGAAUUGAUAAAGUUCAGUGAUAACAUGGAGGAAUUAGGCUACCCUAUAAUUAUAAAAUCAACAAGUGAUUUGUUGCAUGUAAUUGAUGGAAUCAAAACCCAUGUAUUAAAUCAUCUAAAAUUGUGGGAGUUCUAUGUUAUUAAUGUGCAAAAGACGUUGGCUGAAGUGCCUGCCAAAUGGAAUGCAACUGAUGAUGUAGAUAUUGAAGUCCCUGAGGAUAUAAAAUAUGACCUUACCAAGCUUGCCGAGUAUGUUCGCACGUGUGCAGCAGAAAAGAAUUUUACUUCAUUAAGCACUAGAUAUUCCAAUCAGCUCAAUAUCCUCAAGUUUAUUAGCAUUUUAAAGGGUUUGUAUGGAACCACAUGGGGAGGAGAGACACAGCAGGAGGCGGUCAAAAUCUUGGAUGCAGUUAAUUUACCGCUCUAUAAAGAUUAUGAUACGGAUGUAGCAGCAAUUUUGGAGCAGCUAUAUAAUAGAAUCCGUUAUUUAAGACUUGACCCAACCGGCCCGCAGCUCGGAAAAAUAACCAAGGAAUGUCCCCUCACUGAAUGCUAUUUCACAAGGGUCACUGCAAAAAACGGAAAGGAAUAUUCCUUUGCAAACAAUGGUUGGAUAUGGAAUGGUAAUCCGUUGGUCGAUUUUGCCUCAAGUGACUCUAGAGCAUACUUACGAAGAGAAGUCAUUAUUUGGAGCGAUUGUGUUAAGUUGAGAUAUGGAAAUGGCCCCGAAGACUCUCCGUAUUUAUGGGAGAGGAUGUCAAAGUAUAUCACUUUGAAUGCAGAAAUAUUUGACGGCUUCAGAAUUGAUAAUUGCCAUUCGACACCUUUGCAUGUCGGUGAAUACUUUUUGGAUCUAGCAAGGAAAGUAAAUCCAAACUUGUAUAUUACGGCAGAACUUUUUACCGGGAAUGAGGCGCUUGACUGCUUGUUUGUGGAAAGAUUGGCUAUCUCAUCCUUGAUUAGGGAGGCCAUGCAAGCUUCGUCUGAAGAGGAGUUAUCAAGUAUUGUUCACAGAUAUGGUGGUAAGCCCAUUGGUUCUUACCACUACAUGCCUCUGGAUGACUUCCCCUAUUCGGCUCAACUACCCAAAGAUGAUAUUUCCCUCCCUGAAUUUGGUUUUAUUCAGCAGAAUGCCAACCCAGAAGGUAUUUCAUAUGCGGUUCCAAACGUUUUAACUGCUACUUCGCCACAUGCAUUGUUUAUGGAUUGCACGCAUGAUAAUGAAACGCCAUACCAGAGAAGAACUUUGGAAGACACGCUACCAACAGCUCUAUUGGUUUCAUUCUGUUCUUCAGCUAUCGGUUCAGUAUAUGGAUAUGAUGAGGUUUAUCCUCAUCAACUAGAUUUGGUACAAGAGAACAGAACGUAUUCCGUUCAGCAUGGUGAUGGCAUAUCGAAUGUAAGAUCCAAGUUGAAUAAAAUUAGAUCUUUGAUGGUUGCUAACAGCGAUAGUAUCGAGGACUCUGAGAUGUAUCUACAUCACGAUUGGCAGUAUAUCACCUGUCACAAAACCCAUGCAAAAAGUCCGGACGGGUGGUUCUUGAUUGCGAGAACAAAAUUUUUCGAUGAUGGUAAGGAGCAAACUUUACCUGACAUAACUUUAUCCAGUAUAAAGUGUAAGUUGGAAUUCAGUUACUCAUUGGAAAAGAUUGGUGAUGUACCUGCUGAAGAUGAUAGCGUCAUACAUGGUAUUCCUACGCGACUAAACAAACUCGAUGGUUUUGUGGUUAAAUACGACUCUGAACAAAAUGUCUCGACUAUCAGUUUACCAGAAUAUUUCCCUAAAGGGUCGAUAGCCGUGUUUAGGACUACCCAACUCGGUUUUGAUAAAGAUCUGGAUCAAUUCAUUAAAUCCGGCAUUGUCUCAGCUACCGAAAAUUUAAAUUUGUACAGUUUAAACACAAUCCUUUACAGAUGCAACGCAGAAGAGCUAGAUAUCACAUCUGGACGCAUUGGCGUAUAUUAUGUUCCAAAUUAUGGAGAACUGUGCUAUUGUGGUUUACAAGGAUGGGUUUCUGUCCUGAAGGAUGUGAUAUUUCGUAACGAUUUAGCUCAUCCACUAAGUGAACACCUUCGAAACGGUCAUUGGGCAAUGGAUUACAUGGUGGAUAGAUUAAACGAAUAUGCUGAAAAUGCAGGUAUUUCUGAAAUCAAAGAAUGGUUAAGAUUGCGUUUUGAAAGGGUGAAACUUUUGCCUUAUUACUUAAUUCCUAGAUACUUUGCCUUAGUUGUAGGUGUCGCAUACGCUGCGUGCCGUUGCAGGGCAAUGUCAUUGAUGCCCAAGCACAUUAGCUGCGCCACUUUAUUUGUACAAAGAUUGGCAAUGAUGUCGAUUCAACUGGUUUCUAAAGUUCAGUCUGCUUCAUUAUAUCCUGACAUAAACGUUCCCUCAAUGGCAGCAGGAUUGCCUCAUUUUUCCACCGGACAUAUGAGAUGUUGGGGUAGAGAUGUCUUUAUUUCAUUGAGAGGCCUUUUGGUUAUUACAGGUAGAGUAAAUGAUGCUAAAGCGCAUAUUCUAGGCUUUGCAAAAACGUUGAAGCAUGGUUUGAUUCCAAACCUUCUCGCAGCUGGCAGAGAACCAAGAUACAAUGCGCGCGACGCCACAUGGUUUUUCUUACAGUCUGUCCAGGAUUAUAUCACAAUUGUUCCGGAUGGCGAACAAAUAUUGAAUGAAAAGGUCACUAGAAGGUUUCCAUUAGAUGACAGAUAUAUUCCUUAUGAUGACCCAGAGUGCUUCACACACGUAUCCUCGGUUGAAGACAUAAUCUAUGAAAUUUUUGCGAGGCAUGCAAGGGGUAUAAAGUAUCGUGAAGCAAAUGCCGGUCCAGAUUUAGACAGAGUUAUGAAGGACAAUGGUUUCAACGUGGAAGUAACUAUUGACUGGGACACUGGUCUUAUCCAUGGAGGGUCUCAAGACAAUUGUGGAACCUGGAUGGAUAAAAUGGGUGAGAGCAAGAAGGCAGGCACUUACGGAGUUCCUGGCACACCAAGAAAUGGAGCAGCUAUUGAAAUAAAUGGAUUGUUGAAGAGCGCACUAAGAUUCGUCAUAGAUUUAAAUGAACGUGGGUUGUUCAAAUACAAAGAGGUAGUCCGAUCAGAUAAUUCUAAGAUUACAUUCAAAGAAUGGAACAGACUAUUGCAAAACAACUUUGAGAGGUUUUUUUACAUACCGAAGGAUCCUUCCAGAGAUUCCGACUACGAAAUAAAUCCUAUCCUUGUUAAUAGACGUGGUAUAUACAAAGAUUUGUUUGGGACCGGUAAACCAUAUGAAGAUUAUCAACUACGCCCUAAUUUUGCCAUUGCAAUGACCGUUGCACCAGAACUCUUCACUCCAGAAUUUGCAAUGGGUGCCCUAGAAAUAGCGGACAACUUCAUUAGAGGCCCCAUUGGUAUGGUAACCCUCGACCCCAGUGACUCCGAUUAUUAUCCAUAUUACGUAAACAGCGAAGACUCAUAUAACGCACACACGGCAAAGGGCAGAAACUACCACCAAGGUCCUGAAUGGGUCUGGUGCACCGGUUUUUUCUUACGGGCUUACCAUCACUUCAACGUCCAAGCAACCUCAAAGGCACUAGUAUCAAAGAGAAAAAUCUCUUCUUCUCUCUAUCAUCAGUUGUCACGCAGAUUGGACGGUCACCGUAACUGGAUAGCUGAAAGCCCCUGGGCAGGUCUAACAGAACUCACCAACAAAGAUGGCCAGUUCUGUCACGAUUCUAGCCCAACACAGUCUUGGUCCAGCGGCUGCCUACUGGAUCUUUUCUACGACUUGUGGAGUGAAUAUGAAAAUUUUUGA